GUCAUGUCCAGCCCCUUGACAUAUCUACCCUCCAUCGUACUCCCCAAAUAUCACCGUUCUCUUCAACCGAUCUAAUCAAUCGUAUUCACCUCCAACAUGUCACAGUCUACCCUUGCGACAUUCGACCCAUUCAAGACUCAUCCCUUCACUCGCGCUGGUUCAACACCUACAUCCACCGCAUCUGGCCCAUCCAAUCCUACCCAGCCAGUCCUCAUCGCUGCUCCACAGCCACGGCGCACACCCAUGCCAUCUCCACCAUCCGUAGAACCCGUGUUCACGCGAUUCGAGUUGGAAAGGAAGACACCGGAUCUUGUGCUGAAGAAGCUGGGUGGAAACUGGGGAAACAAGGGUGUCCCUCCCAACAAGUGAGCCCUCGCCGUCGUGCGUGCCGACCAUAUCCCUCCUUGCAACAUCCGUUACCCUCAAUGAUGGUUAUGAUACUCAUGUUUAUUCGGUACAAUGACUCGAAGUGUCUUUCUGCCCUGUCGUCUUAGGCAGAACAACGUCCGUUUCUUUUUCUUUUCCCUCCUCCUGCUCAUGCUGUGAUAUUACCCAUUGCUCCGUAUCUGUACACCCCGAGUGAUGUUCCUAUAUAAUUCAUAUCCUCAACGCAAG